AUGAGUGAGGCAAACUUAUCGGCUCUGGCCGAAAAUGAUGAGGACCACGUGGAUAAGAAAGAAGAAACUCCUAUAAAACAGAUUGACAAUGCUCUCAGAGCAUGUGAAUUUGGGAGAUAUCACAUCCAGCUGUUGCUGACGACCCUGACGGGGUUCGUAGCAGGGGUCGCUGUCAGUAACACCACAUCAUAUUUAUUACCGAGCGCAGAAUGUGAUUUAAAUAUGAGUCUGUUGCAGAAAGGAUUUUUAAAUGCCGCACCAUACUCAGGCAUGUUAUUCUCAUCGCUUGUAGCUGGCUUUCUAACAGACACAUUCGGCAGGAAGAUAUUUAUACACAUCGGUUAUGGAGGUAUCUUCAUAUUCACCGUCAUAGGAGGUUCAAGUCAAAGUUACGAGUUGCUUGUUACUGCGAAAUUCUUUGAAGGAAUGCUUUUUGCAGCCUCAUUCAGUGCGUGUGUGACUUACACAGCAGAAUUCUGCUACAACGGUAUCAGAGAUCGUAUUUUAAUGGUGCAGUCUUCGUUCAUUGGUGUUGCUCAAAUCUUAAUAGCUGGACUAUCUUGGGCUAUAUUGAAACAGGAGUGGAGAUAUAGCUUAUUUAAUGGGUCUAUUGUUUUGAACACGUGGAAUUUCUAUCUAUUCAUAAUGUCACUAUGGUCACUAUCGGCAUUCUUGCUCUAUCUACUUUUACCGGAAAGUCCGAAGUACUUGGUCAUACAAAAGAAAUAUUCAGAAGCAAGGGAGAUUUUAAUCAGAAUAUACAAAAUAAAUACUGGAAAGUCCGCUGAAACGUAUCCUUUCAAGGAUAUAUGGAAGGAAACGAAGAAAAUUACGAAUGGGACAAAUGAAAAUUUAGAAGUGAAGGCCACUCUUUCUAAUCAAAUCGUGAAGGGUCUACAUAAUAUAAAACCCAUGUUCCGGAGACCAUUAGUGAUAUUCUUAUCUAUGAUAUGCACUAUGAACUGUAUUACUAUGUCAUUGUAUAAUGUAAUACGAUUAUGGUUUCCUCAAGUAUCGACAGUAGUGGAACAUUACGCCAGUACAAAUAACCAGGAUCUGUGCGUCAUGUUGGACGCGUAUGCCGAAGAUGAGAAAUUAAGAACAUACAACGUUACAAAUGAGGAAUGUAUACCAAACAAAAGCGGAGAUGAAACAUAUACUAACAGCUUAAUUAUAGGCUGCUUUUGUUUAUUAUCUUUGAUAGUAAGCAGUAUUUUAGUAAACAAAGUUGGUAAAAAAGUUCUAAUAAUAACAGCUGGUGUCAUAUGUUGCUUUUCAACUUUGGGUAUAAGAUUUGCCAACUCAAAAGUUGCUGUGGUCGUACUAUUUGCAUUGGAUACAUCGGUUUCACAAGCUGUCAUGGCGUUGAACCAAGCAAUUAUUGUUGAAAGCUUUCCUACUACGACUAGAACUUUAGCCAUAUCCAUGAUGAUGAUGGUGGGUCGAAUUGGCACCCUAGUCGGUAAUGUAACAUUCCCGAUACUGUUAAGUAUGAGCUGUGAAAUACCAUUCUAUACCCUAUUUGGAUGUAUGAUAAGCGUAGUGAUUCUGGCAUUUUUCCUUCCGAAAAAGAAGAAGACUUAA